AUGAACACAACGCAAAUACCACCACGAAACAUUGUUCCACCUCCUCGUCCGUCCCACAACGGCUUACCAAACUCGUCGCCUGCAGGAAGAAGCCCACCAACCACUUUACAGUCCUCCUCCCCCAAAACGUCUGAAAAAAACCACACAUAUAACCAAACCGUUGUUGGCCACUCACUCGUACCUCAACGUUCAGCUCCGCCGCCACCAAAAUCUGUGCAAAAUUCUGUACAAAUGAGCAGCAGCGCUUCCGGUUUGAGUCAUAAUGGUAAUCUAAAAUCAAACUCGUUAAAUUCACGUCGCGGGCCUCCCACUUCAAAAAAAUCUGCGAGCUUAGGACCGCCUCCAAAGCCUAACCGAACAACGGCCAGUACGCCAACGAGUCAGUCGCCUUUAGCUCGAAGUCCGUCCGCUGGUAGUGCCCUGACAAAAUCUCCAGGCAUGUCAACAGAUUCUGCUAGUGUUUCUCCUACUUCAACCAAAUAUUCGCCAGGCGGAAGUUACAGUUCUGUUAAAGGCCCACCUAUCAAUGUACACGGUGAGACUAUCCAGCCAAGCAAUGAGAAAGACGGGAACAACAGAUCUUUAAAAGGAGUGCUGAAUACUUUCGGCAGUUUAAUGUCUGGUAAUGUAACUCUUAUGUUUAAAUGUCUAAUGUCAAAAUUGCCUUUAAAUAUGUUAGAUUUGUUAUCAACACAAAAAAGAGUAGAAAUUUCUUCGCCUUAUGAUCCAGUUCAUUUAACUCACGUUGGAUUCAAUCAAGAAACUGGUGAAUUUACGGGCUUACCGAAAGAAUGGCAACAGUUGUUACAAGAAUCCGGUAUCUCGAAAGAGGAUCAACAAGCCCACCCUCAAGCUGUGUUGGAAAUUGUAAAAUUUUACCAAGAUAAUACAGCUGGGGCGAAAAAUUCAAUUUGGGAAAAAUUUAAUAAUGCCACACUCAAAAAUCAAUCUCCACCAUCUAGCUUGCCAACUUCACCACGCAUGGUGGAUAAACCAUUUGAGAAUCCUAGAUCUGCACCAACCCCCCCUUCGGAAAAGAAAAAACCAAAUCCCCCCGUUGUCCCUUCAAGAUCAACCAAUACAACAACAAAUGCACAAAGUGUUUCGGAUAAAAGUAACAAUCGGCCAAAAUCACCAAGCAAGGCUUCUUCACCAAAGCCUCCACGUAGCCAAGAACCUCCAAAGCUUCCUCCAAUACAGCCGUUGCCUCCGCUCGAAAGUCGGACGAUGCCGAUAGCACCUCCAAAACCGGCCCCAAAACCACCUCGUCCGAAGGAGUCCAAUAACCAAGUACCACCACCGCCACAAACUGCUCCUCCUACUUCUAAACCUUCACAACAACCAGCAACUGGUACUUCCGGUCCCGUUGCGAAACCACCACCGCCUAAUACUCAACGACGACAACAACGUAAACCAGCAAAAGAUUCUAUAGAUGUCAUUGAGAGAUUGAAGGUUAUCUGUACUGACGCUGAUCCGACGAAAUUAUAUCGAAACUUGGUUAAAAUCGGUCAGGGUGCAUCAGGUGGUGUUUUUACUGCUUAUCAAGUAGGAACAAACAUGUCAGUUGCUAUUAAACAAAUGAACCUCGAGCAGCAACCAAAGAAAGACCUCAUUAUAAAUGAAAUAUUGGUCAUGAAAGAAUCAAGGCAUCGCAAUAUUGUAAAUUACAUUGAUAGUUUCCUUUGGAAAGGUGAUCUUUGGGUAGUUAUGGAAUUUAUGGAAGGUGGUAGUUUGACAGAUGUUGUAACCAAUAAUAUAAUGACGGAAGGUCAAAUUGCAGCUGUAUGUAGAGAGACUUUGGAAGGUCUAGCACAUUUACAUUCAAAAGGUGUAAUUCAUAGAGACAUUAAGAGUGAUAAUGUUUUGUUAGCACUAAACGGCGACAUUAAGCUUACCGAUUUUGGUUUCUGUGCCCAAAUUAACGAAAAUCACAACAAACGCACAACCAUGGUCGGUACACCAUAUUGGAUGGCCCCCGAAGUAGUGACACGUAAAGAAUAUGGACCAAAGGUUGAUAUAUGGUCAUUAGGAAUUAUGGCCAUUGAAAUGGUUGAAGGUGAACCACCGUAUCUGAAUGAAAAUCCUUUGAGGGCUUUAUAUCUUAUUGCAACAAAUGGAACGCCUCAAUUGCAAAACCCUGAAAGUUUGUCACAAGUCUUCCGAGAAUUUUUGAAUUUAUCGUUAGAAGUUGAUGCAGACAGGAGACCAACUGCGGUUGAGCUUCUUAAGCACAAAUUUUUACAAAAAGCCGAGCCCCUUAAAUCGCUUGCCCCGCUGAUUAA